AUGCAGCGCUACUUGAUGAAUACGAGCUACCUGCAAGGGCAGCUCAAAUCCUUGUACGCCCUCCACAACAAAACAGUGACUGACUACGGCGAACUUGUUCAAAACUUGAACAAGGAGUGCGCCAUCUUGUGUGAUGUCAUUCCAAGCUAUCGCAUCUCCAGCACCCUCGAGGGCGAAGAUGGCGGUGGGCAGCGAAAACAGAAGGAGGUGUAUAAUGUUCAGAAGCUCGAGCACGAGAUCCUCACGCAGUACACCCACUUUCUGCAGCUGCUUCGAAAGCUCUCCCGCAAGUCGCACCCCGAGCAGCAGGCGCUCGGUAGUCGCCUAUGCGCGCAACUCGUGAAGAGCUCUGCCCCGGAGUUCAAUUAUGCCGAUACACUGCUCUCCCUGGCGAUCGACUUCGCCAACUGCAAGUCGGUACGCGUCGCUCAACCGUGCCAGACGGCCCUCUCAGAGCUGCUCGAUGGCCAGAAGGUGUCGGACACCACGGAGCACAUCGUAGGGGCACUGCUGCGUAUCGUGCGGAAGCGUAGCUAUGCGAUGAACCCAAAGCUGCUGAACCUGCUGCUCCACGUGCGCGUAGCCAUGGUGGACGUGCACCGCGAGGACUUGGCGGAGGAGAAGGCAAAGAACAAGCGUUUCAAAAAAGAGGACAAAGAGUUGGCACGCCAGAUGCAAAAGUCCAAGGCCCGACGCGAUCGUGCCGAGAUCGCGGCGAAGCAGACUCGCAUCGUGCACCGAAUCUUUGUCAUCUAUCUGCGUGUCAUCGAGGCGUCCAAGUCAUGUUUACCGGUUCAUCAAACGAAGAUCUUGGCGCCGACGCUGGAGGGGCUGGUGAAGUUUGCGCCACUGGUGAAUGUGGAGCUCUACCAACAGCUGAUGGAGGCAUUGAAGGACUUGGUGAAAGGCGGAGGCGUAUCACGAACACGCCAACGCAUAGGUAGCGCCGAGGGCGGCAUCGACAGCAAAGAUGUUGAUGACAAGGACGAGGAGACAGCGGUCUCGGUGACCACGCGGCUGCACGCGCUGGUGGCCGUGGCCACACUGGCGCAACGGGACGCCACCGCGACUGCCUCGGAGUGGCGUGUCGAUCUGAGCUACUUUCAUGAGGUGCUCUUCCGUUGCCUUGGCGAGGCACUCGAGUUGCCAUCGGCCGAGUCGUCGUCCUCAGCAAAGAUGACGCGCGAGGAGGCACAAGAGGCCUCCGACGGCGACAUGGACGAGGUGGCGUCGCAGGGGUCGACGUCGUCUGCCGGGUCGUUGUCGUCUCAGGCCUUCUCCAUUGCCCAGUCCAUGGCGCAGGGAACGUUUGUGCACCAGAACGCGAGUCGUGAGUGGACCUUCCACGUCGGUCUCGUGCUGCGCGCCGUUGACCUGCUGGUGCUUACGCAAAAGCAUCUGCCGGUCGCGCGUGUGACAGCCAUCCUGCGCCGUCUCAUGCAGGCGGCCCCGUCGUGUCCGCCGCACAUUGCCAUGUCCAUCCUCGCGCUGUGCCACCGCAUCGUGCUUCGUUACCCACUCGCAGGGGGUGUGAUUGUGGGGGGCAGCGACAACGUCAUCGCCGGCCGUGGCGCCUACAACCCCGAGGCACUACAGACUGCCUCGGCCAACGCAGAUAGCUCUUUCACGUGGGAGCUGAGCUUCCUUUCGCACAGCUACCACCCGACGCUGCGACAGGUGGCAGAGACAAUGUGCAAGCAUUACCACAAGGUAUCCAAGUACCAGCAUGGGCAAGCCCCCAUCGUGACGAAGCAGCUGGAUGCGCUUGGCCCGUACGAGGUGAUGGAGGAGUACGAUCCAUCGCUGGGUGAUUUCAAGCCCGCCUCCCCGCUGCCAACCGCCUUGAAGUCGGAGGUGCGGAAGCGACAGCUCGAGGAGGCGGAGGCGUAUCGGGCUGCGUGA